AGUUGUUUUUGUUGUCACUUGGUGCACCUGCAUAAACAACAACAACAAGAAAGUGGAGAAUGCAUGGAGGAUCCCUACAACAAGACAAAAUACAUCAACAACUCAAGGAUUUUCAUUUCUAAGGAUCACAAAGCAAAGUUUGCUCUGUCUUUAACUGGAUAUUAUAAUUUAAUAGUAGCUACGCAACUAAAACGCUUGAGGAAUUACGAAUUUUCAAUCAAAACUUAACUGCCAAAUAAUUCAACUAAUCCGAAUCGCCUGCAUCAGCCCACAAGUAUGCAACGAUAUCUGUGAAUUUCUAUAAAGCUUUCCCAACUGAAAGCUGAAUGCCCAAAGCUGUGAAUCAAAACUUAAGCGGAGCUUUAGACGAAAAGUGGAACAACGAUCAUGGACGCUCCAGAUGGACGAAUUAUAAGAGCUCCAGCACGACGCAAACGCAACGAUGAGCAACUUAUGGAUCGGAUAAAACUCAAAAAGGUUUUGGGUCUGACUGUAUGCAGUAAUGCGGCAUUGGAUGUAUCACCCAUCAGCGGCCUUUUGGCCUAUCCGGCGGGUUGCACUGUGGUCCUGUUCAAUGCGAAACGUCAUACGCAAGCCUAUCUGGUCAAUACCUCCCGCAAAGCAUUCACAUCCGUUGCCUUCUCGCGAUGCGGCCGUUAUGUGGCCACCGGCGAGUGCGGCAUCAAUCCUGCCAUUAAAGUCUGGGAGCUGGAAGCGCCCAAUGGCAAUCUGGAGCAUUGCACGGGCGGCAAUGUGAUUGCCGAAUUCGUGGAUCACAAAUAUGCCGUCACAUGUGUGGCCUUCUCGCCCACGGGCAAGUAUUUGGUAUCGGUUGGUUCGCAGCACGACAUGAUUGUCAAUGUGUUCGAUUGGCGUGCCAAUUUGAAAAUGGCCUCGAAUAAGAUUAGCUCGAAAGUGGCAGCAGUUUGUUUUUCUGAGGAUGGCAGCUAUUUUGUCACUGUGGGCAAUCGUCAUGUUAAAUAUUGGUAUCUGGAAGGAGGACGAAAGUACAAGGAUCCCAUUCCUCUAAUGGGACGCAGCGCCAUUUUGGGUGAUUUAAGAGAUAAUGAUUUCUGUGCCGUUGCCUGCGGCAAGGGAAUCUGUUCGGAGAGUACAUAUGCCAUCACCCGACAGGGUCAUCUUGUCGAAUUCAGUUCACGCCGUCUGCUCGACAAGUGGGUGCAGUGCCGCACCAGUAACGCCAAUUGCAUUUGCGUUAACGAACGCUUCAUACUCGUGGGUUGUGCCGAGUCCAUAAUACGUAUUUUCAAUGCUGCCACAUUGGAGUAUGUGACCACAUUGCCAAGGACUCAUUAUCUUGGUGUGGAUGUGGCACAGGGCAUACAAAUCAAUCACAUAAUGUCUGUGCCACAGCAGGCCAAAUUUCCUGAUUGCAUUGCCAUGGUUUUCGAUGAGCAGCGCUCCAAGGUCAGCUGCGUCUACAAUGAUCACUCGCUUUACAUUUGGGAUCUUCGUGAUAUCUCACGUGUGGGCAAAUCACAUUCCUUCCUCUAUCACUCCACGUGCAUUUGGGGCGUGGAGACUGUGCCAUAUAAUUUGGAACGUGAAUUGUCGCAUACAUUGCCAGAGGAUUGUUUUGUCACAUGCUCCUCGGAUGAUACCAUACGUGUCUGGGGACUAGACGGUUGCGCCAACAAUGAGAUCUACCGCAAGAAUAUUUACUCAAAGGACUUACUGAAAAUCAUCUAUAGUGACGAGGAGCUGCAGUUCAUCAAGGAUCAGGGCUCAUCUCUGUUCGACAAGACGGGCAACUCAACCUACGAUGGACGCAAUGGAGUGCGUUGCAUCAAGAUCAGUCCAGAGCUGCAGCAUUUGGCCAGUGGCGAUCGCUGUGGCAAUAUCCGUGUCUAUAGUCUGGUCAAUCUAAAGCUUCUGACCACCAUCGAAGCCCAUGAAUCAGAAGUGUUGUGUCUGGAGUACUCCAAUGACAAGAUUGAACGAAAUCUGUUGGCCAGUGCCAGUCGAGAUCGUUUGAUUCAUGUCUUCGAUGUUGCUCAGGACUAUUUACUUCUGCAAACUCUUGAUGAUCACAGUUCGUCCAUAACUUCCAUUAAAUUUGUGGGUGCUGGCCUCAAUUUCCAGAUGAUAAGCUGCGGCGCCGAUAAAUCCAUUAUGUUUAGAAGUUUUCAAGGUAACAUUUUUAUGAGGGGCACCAAUACCUCCGGCAAGACCACACUCUACGACAUGGAAGUCGACUCUAAUGCCAAACAUAUCCUCACCGCCUGCCAGGAUCGCAAUGUGCGUGUCUAUGGCACACAGAAUGCCAAGCAGACAAAAACCUUCAAGGGUUCCCAUUCGGAUGAGGGCAGUCUGAUCAAAUUGAGCCUGGAUCCCAGUGGAAUUUAUGUGGCCACCUCGUGCACGGACAAAACUCUGGCUGUCUAUGACUAUUACUCGAGCGAGUGCAUGGCCAGAAUGUACGGGCAUAGUGAAUUGGUCACGGGAUUGAAGUUUACCAAUGAUUGUCGCCAUCUGAUAUCGGCCAGCGGUGAUGGCUGCAUCUUCAUUUGGCAAGUGCCACACGAUAUGAUAGUCACCAUGCAGGCAAGAAUGUCCCAGCAGCGCCUACGUUCGGGUCAUGCCCCUCUGCAGAGACCCAUGUCGGCAAUAUCGCCUCCUGAGGGCGUAGAGACCCCAACCAGCGAGCUGGAGUCCCAGCCUCCCAAGUUCGUGGUCUCCGACAGAUUAUCCGAUGUGGGGCAAUUGCCACAGUGGGCCAUGCGUAAGGCAGCUGCUGGAGGCGAGUCGGAUAGCGGUGCCCUGUCCAUACCAACACCCAGUGUUGGUUCCUCUGUGCCUGCUCUCCAUGCCGCCUCCUCGAUGGGCAAUCUCAGCUCGUCGCCGAGUCAGCAGUUUGCUCCACGUGCCCGUGGUCGCUGGGCUCAACGCAGUAGUCAAUUGGAGGCCGAUGAUUUGCGCUCCAAUUCGGAGAGCCCCCUGGGCACCGUCUCCUCAGUGGGUGGCCAUAGUGCUGUGAAUGUUCAGACCUCUGACUAUAAUAGCGCCUCCUCCAAGGACAUCAUGUACAAUCAAACAUAUCUGAGCGAAGAUUCGUCCAUUGAUUCGGGCAUGGAGACGCGUCGAGAACUCAAAUUCAUUGGCAGCAGCAACAAUGGGACUGUAACCACUUUGGUAACUGCCUCCGCCUCAUCCUCUAGUAAUGGUGCCAUGACAAAUGCUGCCCAACAGCAGCAGCGUCUCCCUCUGCCUCUGGCUGACAAGCGUAAGCCUGGACUGCGUUUCGACACGCCGCAUACCCAUGAUCAUGAUGGCGAUGUUGAGGAUAUAUCCGAUGGCGAGAGGACUAGUUCGGAUCAUGGAAUGUUCUACAAUAAUAUGGCUCCAAGCACGCCAACAGACUUCAAAGUGACCGCCAUGAAUGAGGACGAGUUGCGCAAAUCUGUGCGACGACAAAAGUUUGAGAAAUCUGGCCUACAGUUGCCCCCCGUGGGAGGCAGUAGUGGCAAUGGGAGCACCCAUACGGCCAGCACAGGCACUGGCACAGGGACCUCAGAUACCGAGGAUGAAGGCUCCACGCCGAGUGCCGACAAUGCAGAACGUUCACUGGCCUCCACGCUGGGCGGCAGUUCCGAGAAUCUGCCACAAACGGCGAAUAGUUUUCUGCAUGCGGCUUUGCCCGAAGGACCCGGCACAACGCCCAUGGAACGAGGCACCAGCAGUCGUCGCAGUAUCAGCGCCAAGCACAACGCCACAGAGAAUGGCAAAGGCGGCGUUGCGGCUCCGCCCACCAUAACUAAGUCAUAUACCAGCACCAAGAAGGAGGAACUGCUGCAGGUCAUCAACAAGGUCAAACAGCAAUUGGAGAAUGGCACAACAAAGCUUAGUGCCAUAGCCGAGGUCGGACAUAGACCCCUGCGGGGCAGUCGCAGCAUAUCGGACUUGAGUUUAGCUGGCAACUUGGAUAAUUCCAGGACAACAGUUGGCGGCCCAGGACGUUACACAAAACCAGUUGUUGCUUCCCAUGAAAGUUCGCAGUAUAUUAGCCCCACCAUAGAGCAACCCACUCCACCUCCACCUAAACCUCCGCCAGCUACAGCUCCUGUUGCUCCAGCAGGGUAUGGUUCGUGUUCCCAGCAAUUCUUCAAUUGUGCCGCCCCCAAAUCGAAACUGCAACAGAAUUUCCAAACGAUGCGGCAAGUGCAACAACACUAUCCACCCUAUCCACAUCAUGUGGGUGUGCAUCAGAUACAUCCGCCUCCUGGAGUUCCUUUCGGUGGAACGAAUUGUGCUCGCACGACACAGACAGCUCCUCGUUUGGGGGUGAAACGCAAUCCUGGUGGAAAUAAUCGUCGAACGCCGAGUAUUCUGAAGCAUUACAAGUCCUGUCCAGUAUCGCCAGUGCAUGAGGAAGUUGAAUGGUCAGCGGAGACGGACAGAAGUGGAGUUGUUGCAGAGCCCAAACGGCAUUCCGUCUACGCCGAUGACGCCAGAACCAUACUGGACAUGAUUCAUGCCGAUACCGAGAAGAUGAUCGAUGAGAUAACAAGGAAAUAUGGAGAUAUGGAUGACAUACCAACACCAUUCCCCUCAUCCUGCUCCGUGCCGGCAAAUCUGAGGGGCCUGGGUUCCACCGGCGAAUCGACGCCCACAGCUACACCACCUCGGGUAGGUGGACGUACCCAGUACUAUGUCUACAGAGAGAUCUAUCAGUGUGAACGAAAGGUUUCUCUGUCGGAUAUACUGCAACCCGAGCAAUUUGCUGCCAGCCAACGGCGUUUAGAUGAGGCACGGUUUCUGGAAACGCAGCGACAUUCGAGUGCCAGUUUCUUUUUGAGCAGCUCCGGCCAAAUGCCGUAUGAGCAAAGUCAGGAAUCCCUGCUAUCCGAUGGCGGCAGCUAUUGCAAUAGCUUGGAGAGUGUCCUCUCGGAUGAAAGCGAUUGCAAGAGUGCCCCCUUGGAGCAGGCCAUUCUCGACCAGAGACCCAUUCCUCAUGCCAUGCAGCGACAUGCAGGCAUACGCAAUUUCAUCAUCCAUGGACCCGUGUCCAAAUCCUAUGGCAAUAGUCCCAAUGCUUACGGCAGCUUCGAUUACUACAUGCGACAGGCCACGGCGACGGCAUCAGCAGCAGCCACAUACGAUAGCUUCGAUGUGACGGGCUACAAUUUGGAGCCAUUGAAACCGUUGCCCAAUUCAAAAACCUAUCCGAGGAUAGCAGGACCCGUAGGACCUCAGGCCAUGGAGCAUAUUCCCACCAUGAGGUCCAAGAAUAAGCAAUACACUUCAGGUGUCAAUAAGUCUCUGAGCACAGACUUUGCUCAACAGCGUCAUCAACGCAACUCCAAUCCCAUGCAGAAUCCAUCGCUGCGUGGCGGAGGCGGAGCUGGGGGAGGAGAACAUCUCUUUGUGCGGAAGCCACUAAAACCCAAGCCUCCAGUGCCUGCCAAGCCGCAAAACCUAAUGAGUACACUCUCUUGUUUGGAGCAGAACAAACAGCAAAAGAAUUGCCAGUCGAGAACCGCCAGUGUGGUCCAGCAAUUCGAGCACAAUCUUCAGAAAUUCGAGAGGGAGAAGCAACGGGAGUAUCAACAACGUCGUCCGGCCAUGAGGAGUAGUGUCAGCAGUGGAGCCCUGGCCACACAGAGUUGUCUGAAGAAAGUCUCCCGCUUCGAUACCAGUGAGAGUAGCCGUCGAGCAACUAGCAUGCGUCAGCGUGGCCGUCCAAAGAUCAGUGUGCGCUUCAAUACCGUCUCUCAGAUUAAGUAUACGCCCAGUGCCAAAAGGCAGCAGGAGGCCAAGCGGUUGAAGGAGGAGGAAUCCAAGCAGCUUGAAGUGGGCAGUGAUUACGGGGAACGUAGCUUUGAAAUGUAUUUCGCUGAGAACGGAAAUGCCCCCGAAAAUCUGGAGCAUAUGCAAUCCCUCAAAUUGUACACGAAACCACAACUCCAGGCAGUGGUCGAUGAGAUACAGCAAGAGCGAGAAAAAUAUCGCAAGAAUAUGGAUAACAACAAAGAGCGGGGGGGAUCGCACUCGACGAGUCAUCAGUGUCAUAAUAUAGCCAAGAAGAUUGAUAUAAUUGAGAAAUUAAUUGCCAUGGAGGAGCGCAAAAUGGAGCAGAUUCGCAUGGCCACCGAGACACGCUUGCGUCCCUUCAAUUGCAAUUCCAAGGAGAAGGGUUAUGUCAAGAGUCUGACCAUGAAUUUUGAUAUGUUGGCCAAGAAUGGGCAAGAGCAGCAGCAACAGCAACUUGAGGAUGAGCAGUUGUCCACCAGUGAUGCAGAUUUGUGUGCCUAUGCGAGAAACAUACGACGCAAUUGCAGUUUGCCCGAUGUCUUGGAGAGCGCCGAUUUUACCUAUCAUCCUCAUGAUGAUGUGGAACUGGCCAAAGAAGUUGUAGCCGACGACGACGAUGAUGAUGAUGAUGAUGACGAGGAGGAGAAUGAAGAAAACACUCUCGAGGAUGAGGAUAUGUUGGACGUUGAAGGUAAUCCCAAAACGCUUAAUCCCAUGCCCAUUGAGGAAUCGUCUUCCAUACGUCGAGCAUGCUCCCUAAGUGAUCUGCAUAUGGGCAACUUUGGCAAGCCAAGCAAAACAAAUGGAACUCCACAGAAGCCUCAGGCACAGCAUCGCAACGGCAAUGUCACUAGAUCCGCCAGCAAACGAAAUAGUUUGCAGGGUAAAACAGGUCUAGGUGCUUCCAGCAAUUCCAUGAAUGUCCUUAAUCAGGGUAGCGACUCCGAGGAUAGCAAUCGUUUGCGUAGCGCCAGCAAUGGACAAGGCAGAAGCAAUGGACCCAUUGCUGCCAAUCGACAAUAUAGCAGCAAAAUCAACAAUGUCAAUAACAAUCGCCGCAAGACAUCUAACUUUAGUAAUGCUGUCCCCUUACAAGACGAUUCCAGUUCGGAAGAGACUCCAAAUAGUACGGCUAAUAAUAAGCCCAUUGUACCCCCGAGACCUAGAAAUUUGGCCUUUGAUCACAAAUCUAAAUUGAUCAAUAGCAAUAGCCCCAACAAUGUGACAAGACAACGUGGAGCUAUUGGAUCAACAGAGGAUUACGAAGGUGUAGAUUCUGAAGCCGAUGUCAAGAAUCUAUGCAUGAAACUCUAUUCAACCACGCAGGCAAUUGUACAAUUGCAUUCGAGGGUGAAGAAUCCCUUGUUGGUAAAGGAACUGGAGAAUGCUUUAAUUAUGUCCAGGAAUAUGUUGAGCAGCGUAGCACCAAAUAGACAAAUUGACAGAGUUAACAAUGGUGCCGUUGCAGGAGGAGGAGGAGGAGUAGGAGGAGUAUCUGGUGGCGGCAGCAAUCAUGAGCAAUUGGCCACGGCCGCUGGAAAUCUUGACAAUGGUGACUAUCUUAUGAUGGUCAAUAACUGUGCCGAUCUAUUAAGUAACUUGGGCACUUAGCACAAAUCCGAUGACUGUGAGAAUAACUCCUAGUGUUUAGACUAACGAUGCAAACAGAAAAAACAAAAACACAACUAAAUCAACGGGCGGGAUAACUAAAA